UAGUUUACAUUUGUCCUCACACGGUGGUGGACAGCGGACAACUUAAAGCUGCUAGACUUGUCUCACACACCUGCGUGUCAGGUUUCUGUCAGGUGGAGCCGCUAACAGACUCGCCCAGCGGCUCUAAGAUGCUAACAGACGUGAUUUUGGAGGAAGAGUUUGACAGGAAUGGAGAGGUUUGGUACGAUCCGCAGGACCUUGAACACGAUCUCCAUUUGGCGGCGGAGCUUGGGAAAACCCUUCUGGACAGGAACCAUGAGCUGGAGCAGGCGCUGCAGCAGAUGUACUCCACCAACCAGGAGCAGCUGCAGGAGAUAGAGCACCUGACCAAGCAGGUGGACCUGCUGCGUCAGAUGAACGACCAGCACGCCAAAGUGUAUGAGCAGCUAGAUGUGGCCGCCAGGGAUCUGGAGCAAGGCAACCAGAGGCUAGUGCAGGAUAGCCGUCUGGCCCAGCAAAAGAUCCAAAGUCUAACAGAGACCAUUGAAGGACUUCAGACCUACAUGGAGGACCUGCAGACACAGGUGGAGGAGCUAAAGACAGCCCAGGCAGAGCGAAACAAAAGAGAGCUUGCAGAGCAGCGACGCAGCCUCGGAGCACAGAGUGUGUCCUGCCUCAAAGAGCUGUAUGACCUGCACCAUGACAGGCAUCAAACCCACGAUGGUUUGCGCGUGGAAGGACUCUGGUCAAUGCAGGGCUCAUUCUACAAUCGAGACAAAUGGCAAGACCCGGAGGAGGAGAAUGCGGCUCUCCAGCGCUCAGUCCAGACCCUUAAGAGCCAAAUAGCGGUGGAGCGGAGCCGCAGGGAGGCUGCAGAGCGUGAGAGUGAGUUGAUAUCCAGCGAGAACAGAGGCCUGGAGCAGCGGCUGGUUCUGCUGGCCAGCUGCCGAGCCAGACAGAAGGAGCUCGAGGCCGAAGUGGAGCAGCUGCGGCUUCUGUGGCGUGCAGACUAUGCCAACAGUGUCAGAAGACCGGAGCAGCUGUUGUUGCCUGAUACGGUAUUCUUUGCCACAGAAGAAAGACCAGGUCAGGAUGAGAUGGAGGAGAAGGUAGAAAAGGACGAGGAGCAGAGAAGAUACAGCCGGCAGAGGUGUAACAGCGACAGCGUUUUGAGAGCGACGGACCCAGAUGAGAUUCGCCGUGGUCACGAGCAGCUGUGUAUAAGGCGGGCGGAGGCGGUGAAACAGAGGGGCAUCUCUCUGCUCAACGAGGUGGAUGCACAGUACAGUGCACUGCAGGUGAAAUAUGACGAGCUGCUGCGGCGGUGCCAGCAGGCAGACGGGCCCAGCCAUAAAGCCGUCCAGACAUCCAACAGUCCCUUUGCGAGCAGCAGGACCCGCCGCCGCCGGUCUUCAGCUACUCUGACUGACCUGAUGGUGGUUCUGGAGGACGGCCAGCAGCCCGAGUACAAGGCUCUCUUCAAGGAGAUCUUCACCUGCAUACAAAAGACCAAAGAGGACCUCAGGGACAACAGACGUCCAGUUGAGGACAGCAAUGCCCAGGGCUCUGCCAGAUGAUUGUAUCAUUUAUAAUACUCGGGACUUGCAUUAGUGUGUCUGUCAAAGUUUUUGGACGAAGCUAUAAAAAGCUAUAAAAAAUACCCGGAGGGUGCAGAUGCAAUAUCUUUGACAUGCUGCAGUCAUCUUAGCUCCUGUCAGUUUGACACAUCUAUGCUUUUGUUAGUCAGCACUGUUCCUUUUAUUCCAUCCUCAUAAAAAAUGUUAUAAAAUUCGUUACAUAAAGCAGCUUUAUGAUUUAAAACAAAAUGCAUUCCAAAGUUCAACAACAAAUAUAUGUUAAAAAUCUAGAGAUGGUGAUGAAUUAUUGUUAAGGAUUAUUGUAUUGUUAUUGGGGAUUUUUAUUGUGAGAACAAUAAUAUGUUCCAUCAGAUCUUCUGCUAACAGAAAGUACAUUUCAGUGUGCAGUAUUAUGUCCUCCAACAGUAUUUAGUGCUUAUGUAAUAUUAACCCUGUGACCGCUUGAUGAUUUGGGGCUUGGGAGAGAAAUACACACAUGAAAUAUUGUUAGUGUAUUUUAAUAAGUUGGAGUUCUCACCGUUAUGCAAAUGUAUGUGUUGGAAUGUUGUAAUAGGAUCAAAAGCAGUAGCCAUGUAAUAACUAAAGACUCAGGAGUUUAUGAUAAUUAGCUUAACAGCUAAUGUGAGUUGGUUUUGGUAAGUUGGUGAUGGUUUGUACACCAGUUGAGGGUCAUUGGCAUGUCACCAGAGAAAUAUCAGUGGACACUGUAAAAACGAGUCUGUGCUUUCUGUUUUUAUGUCUGCACAGCUUCUGACAAGUGUCCCCAUGCCAGCAGGACACACAUCAGCUCUGCACUUUUUAUGAAUUAAUCAUACUUUCCUUUAUUUAUUUUUUUGAAAGAGAGGAUUAAAUUAUAUUUAUUUUCUUUGUUGCAAAACAUUCAGAUCAGAUUGGUCAGUUGACUGGAGGUGAAAGUAAUUGUACACUGAGGUGCUUAUUUUGUGGUUGUGAAUAUUCUGUCUGAUACGUGAUUGAAAAACAAAAUUAGAGUUAAAUUUAAAAAAAAAAAAAACCUAAAUCAGCCUAAAGAACAGAGAGACUUAAAAAAAAGUCUAUUUUUAAGUCUUUAGUUGGUAAUGGUGUUAUCAGGUCGUCAUUUUACUUUCAUUUUCCAUGUGAUGUGAUUCUCAUGAGAAAGGAAGCUUGAUGGAUGAUAUUCUGAAUACAGUAUAGUAUGGCAUUUAGCAAUAUGCUGUUUUAAAGCUGUGAAACUUGUCUUCUAUCUAAUUAAUAAAACACUGAUGCAAGA